GAUGUUGGUGCAGUGACACCCCCAGGGGCGUGUCCUCUGUCUCCUUAGCCCCUCCUCCCCUUCACACCCCUGUCCUCCCUGAGAUCCAGCACAGAGCAGGGACACAGCUUCAUCCUUCCGGCCUAACCAUGAGUGAAGAAUCCAUCAUCCGUAUCCCCCCGUACCACUACAUCCAUGUGCUGGACCAGAACACCAACAUUGCCCGCGUGGAGACCGGGCCCAAGACCUACAUCCGCCAGGACAAUGAGAGGGUGCUGUUCCAUCCGGUUCGCAUGGUGAUGGUGCCACCCCGGCACUACUGCGUGAUUCAGAACCCGGUGCUGAGGGACGCAACCCGUAACGUGCAGUUCGAUGACGUCGGACAGGCCAAACUGCGGCACGGAGACCAGGAGAUCCGUCUGACCCAGGAUCCCUUCCCCCUCUACCCGGGGGAGGAGUUACAGCAGGGUGUCCAACCGCUGACAGUGGUCCUCGCCAACACCGCGCUGCACCUGAAAGCACUACUGGACUUUGAAGAUGACAACGAGAAGUUUGUGGCCGGUGAUGAGUGGCUGUUUGAAGGCCCAGGUACCUACAUCCCCCGCAAGGAGGUAGAGGUGGUUCAGACCAUCCAAUCGAGUGUCAUUCGCCACAACCAGGCCAUCCGCCUUCGCGCCCGCAAGGAGUGCCAGGACAGGGAGGACCAUGCCCGGGUCACAGGGGAGGAGUGGCUGGUGAAAAAGGUUGGUGCCUAUCUUCCGGGUGUGUAUGAAGAAGUCGUAGAUAUUGUGGACGCUUUCGUCUUAACCGACAAGAAAGCGCUGCACAUCCGUGCCACCAAGACAUUCCGCGAUGAGAAGGGUCACUUGCGUCGUACGGGAGAAGAGUGGCUGGUGACCAUGGAGGACAGUGAAGCGUACAUCCCCAACGUGUAUGAGGAGGUGGUGGGGGUGGUUGACAUCACCACUCUGAAUAGCCGUCAGUACUGCGUUAUCCUGGAUCCAGUGGGAGCCGAUGGCAAGCUGCAACUUGGACAGAAGAGGGUUGUGAAGGGUGAGAAGUCGUUUUUCCUGCAGCCAGGUGAGAGCCUAGAAGAGGGAAUCCAAGAUGUCUACAUCCUGUCCGAGGAGGAAGGAUUGGUGCUCAGAGCCCUGCAGGUUCUGGAGGAGAAAGAUGAGGAUGGAAAUGAUGUUGAACGGAAGCCAGGUGAUCGCUGGAUGAUUCGAGGCCCACUGGAGUAUGUGCCUCCCGUGGAGGUGGAGGUUAUAAUUAGGAGGGACUCUAUACCUCUGGAUGAAAAUGAAGGCAUCUAUGUACGAGACAUCAAGACUGGAAAGGUCCGUUCCGUGGUCGGGCACACAUACAUGCUGACCCAAGACGAGGAGCUGUGGGAGAAGGAGCUGCCUGCCAACGUGGAGGCUCUGCUGGCCUCUGGCAAGGACCCCGUGGCCGACCGGUCCGAAAGAGGACGGCAAUCCCAGGAGACCGAGCCCCGAGACAAAACCAGGGCCGUCACCUACCGCGUACCGCACAACGCCGCUGUCCAAGUCUACGACUACCGCGAGAAGAAGGCCAGGGUGGUGUUUGGCCCGGAGUUGGUGAUUCUCGGCCCAGACGAGCAGUUCACAGUUCUCAGCCUCUCUGGAGGGAAACCCAAACGGUCCAACGUCAUCAAGGCCAUCUGCCUUCUCCUGGGACCGGACUUCUGCACAGAUCUUAUCAAUAUAGAGACCGCCGACCACGCCAGGCUCCAGAUCCAGCUGUCCUACAACUGGCAUUUUGAAAUCAAUGACAAGAAAGACUCUCUUGAGGCUUCUAAUAUCUUCAGCGUUCCGGAUUUUGUGGGCGACGCAUGCAAAGCCAUCGCCUCCCGUAUCAGAGGGGCCGUGGCCUCUGUGCAGUUCGAUGACUUCCACAAGAACUCCAACCGGAUCAUCUGCUCGGCUGUGUUUGGAUUCGAUGAUGCAGUGAAGAUCCGAAGCUCCUUCAAAUUCCCACAGAACAGUCUGGUCAUCACCAGCGUGGACAUUCAGUCAGUGGAGCCGGUAGACCAGCGCACCCGAGACGCACUGCAGAAGAGCGUCCAGCUGGCUAUAGAGAUCACCACCAACUCUCAAGAGGCCACGGCCAGACAUGAAGCAGAACGUUUGGAACAAGAGGCAAAAGGUCGCCUGGAGCGCCAGCGUAUCACCGAUCAAGCCGAGGCGGAGCGAGCCCGCAAGGAGCUUCUAGAGCUGGAAGCCCUCAGCACGGGGGUGGAGAGCACAGGGGCGGCCAAGGCUGAAGCCCAGUCCAAGGCGGAAGCAGCGAAGAUUGAAGGCGAAGGAGCCGUGCUGCAAGCCAAACUGCGGGCCGAGGCUCUGGGCAUCGAAACGGAGGCGGAGCUGCAGCGUUUGCGGCAGGCCCGUGCCGAGGAGCUGAAAUACUUGCAGGAGAAGAACAAGCUGGAGGUUCAGAGGGAGAUGGAGGUUGCUGAUAUCGCCGUGAAGAAGUUCAAGGGAAUGAUGGAAUCCAUUGGAGCCGAUACAAUCAGGGACAUCGCGUUGGCCGGACCAGAGCUACAGGUUAAGCUUCUGAAGGGUCUGGGGAUCCAUUCCACACUCAUCACCGAUGGCUCCACUCCCCUCAACCUCUUUGGCACAGCGACAGGCCUGUUGGGUCUUUCCACCAAGGCGCAUUCAGGGAAAGAUGAAGAUGCAUGAACCUAAUGGAUCUUCCCCUUUUGUGUAUCUAGCCACCCUUUGUUCCUCUCUGUCCCCUACUGUCCCAUGGCCCCGAAUGCUAUGACCUCAUAAUGUGUUUUUUUUUUUUUUAAGCUGUGACUCCUCCCCCACCCCUUCCUGUAAUUAAAGGGCCCGUAUAGGCAAACCAAGAACAUCUCCUCCAUAGACUGCUAUGUUUUACUCAGUAGUGUCUAUAAAAUUCUAUCUCUUCAAAGACACUAUGACCCUCGUGAUUGGCUUUUAGUCCAGAGCAGUUAUUUGUUGCCUCUUGUGACCACAUUCUCCCACACUACACUAAAAAUCGCAAUAGUGGGAUGCUGGUUGGGAGCACAGAUAGUUUGUUCUUCGGAUGCUGUUAAUCACUGACCUGUAAUAACACAAUCACAGUGAGGGGACGCAGUGUGGUCUAUGUAGAGGACAGGCUAAGAGGCCAGCCAUUUAGAUGUCAAAAGGGGAAUUUCCUUAUUAGCAAACUACAUGCUACCUGUUUGUUCUGUGUUUGGUUCCCCUAGAGAUGGAUCAGUCAAAUGCAUCCAAGAAACAGUGUACAGUGCCUAACACAGUGUCUUUACUGUGCUAUCUAUACAACGUGCCUUUUUCACCUGUAGCGAGGGCUGUGUCGCCGCAAAAGUCCCAACCAAAGCUCUGUCUGGAACAAUACGGUUUCAAUAAACAACCAUCUUUCUUCUUUA